GAUUUUUUCUACUAUUUGAUACAUUAUGACUUUUCAAAACAGAAAUUGAAUUGAUGGAAUAAUGAUAUCGACAUUUCAAUAACUCCGUGGCAAUACGAAGAAUCCAUGACAAGGCCGCCAUGGCAUAAACUUAGUAGACCGAUCGGAAAUAAUUAUAUUGAUAUCGAGUUUCAUGAAGCUGUAUAUCCAGUCAGAGUUUCUAUAUACGAAAUGUACAAUCCCGGAGGCGUAAUUCACAUUUUGGCUCAAGAUGAUUCUAAUAAUGAGUGGCUUAAAUUGUGGGGAACUGAUUAUAAGUUUGAUACCCCCGACAUCAAGAUCAAGAUUAUUUUCCUCACCUUUAUCACACUCGUGUGACUUUAAAACGAAAAUGCUAAGACUAUUUUUUAAAAACGGUUACGAUGAAACACGUCUUGGCCUUUACACAAAGCUAGAUGCUGUGAUGCUUAUUGGUACAUCAGAGUUGGUUCGUCCUAGAAAUUAUGAGAAGAGUUUAAGUAAUCUGUUAAAGGAAAUUAACUGCAUGUACUUUCCACACCAUGAGGAUAUUCAUAAUUUAACAGCAGAUUUCAAAAAUGCACACUUGGAUAUAGAUUAUCUGCAACAACAUUUUUCUGAAUAUUGCAUUAUAAUAGAAUAUUGUAGGGAUGGAAGCUACAUAAGAAGGGUUUCUAAGGAGAGUAUUUUGAGAGAGAAUUUGAUGCACAAAAAUGUAUCUCUGGAG